AUGUCCGAAGGAAAAUUUGUUGUAUUUGAAGGACUAGAUAGAUCUGGAAAAACAACUGUAGUCAACAGUCUGUAUGAAAGUCUACUUCCAAUUGCGUCCGUCAGCAAGGUCAGAUUCCCAAACAGGAAUGGGUGUAUAGGGAAGACUAUAGAUGAGUAUCUUCAGAAGAAAAUUACCCUAAAGAGUGAAACCAUUCAUUUGCUUUUCGCUGCAGAUAGAUAUGAGCAUAAGGCCAUGAUCGAGGAUCUCAGGAAGGACAGCAUAAUCCUCUGCGACCGUUACUCCAUGAGUGGGGUGGCAUAUUCUGCAGCCAAGGGCUUGGAUUUGAACUGGUGCGCUAUGUCCGAAUCUCUGCUUCCUAAGCCAGACUUAACUGUGUUCAUAGACAUUCCUAUGGAUGAAAUAUGCCGGAGAAAGGGGUUUGGAGAGGAGAUUUUUGAUAACAUCGCAUUCUUAAAGAAGGUCCGCUCUGCAUACCAAACACUUCUUAAAGAAGAAAAAAACGUCCUUAUUGUUGACGGAACGCUUUCAGUAAACGAGAUUGUCAAGAUCGUGAAAAAAAAGAUAUUCGAGUAG